AUGUCUGGUAGUUAUGACCUUCAAUCGAAUUAUAGACCUUCGUUUCCUCCUUUAAUAACCGCAAAUGACAUAGUCAACAUACAUAUGGAGAAGGGUCUCGAUAAUGCGAAUAAAACACUAAAUGCUUUUCUUAUUUAUAGAGUGGCAUAUAGCCGUGAAAUCGCAGGACAAAGUGUUGGAAAUAUUUCUAAAAUGGCUAGUAAUUCGUGGAAAAAAGAAACAGAUCACGUUAAAGACUUUUACAAGAAAAUGGCAAGCGAAGUUAAAGCUAUUUUUAAAAGGAAGGCCCCUGUUUGUUUUGUUAAAUUCCAAGAUUUACCGGUUGUCUCCUCUCAAUAUCCUCCGUCAAGUACGGACACAUUCGACGAGAGGUUUCUGUUGGAUGUGCCCGAAGAAAUAUUCAUAAAGUUAAUUCCCGACAGUCUGGUUCCGGUUUAUAUGGAUAUUGGUAAUCUUGUAGAUCAAACCAUUGGCGGGUAA